AUGUCGCAAGCGCGGAUAUACGCGGACGUGAACGUGCAGCGGCCCAAGGAGUAUUGGGACUACGAGGCGCUCACCGUGCAGUGGGGGUAUGUCAACACGCAGGGGCCAGGACUUUUCAUCUCCAUUCAUCUCCUCUCCCUCACCCCCCCCGCCCCGCACUACCGCCCCUUCCUUCUUCCCUUUUCCCCGCGACCAGAGCGACUACGAGGUGGUGCGCAAGAUGGGGCGGCGCAUGGUUCUCCUCUUACGUUUCCGGUCCCUCCCCAUUCCCCACCCCCUCCCCACUUCCCCCCCAUUCCCUUCACCCCCCAUCCCCCACUUCUUCCGCCCUUCUUUUCUUCUCCCCCUAGCAGAGACCAGGACGACUACGAGGUGGUGCGCAAGGUGGGCGGGGAAACUACAGCGAGCGACCAGGACGACUACGAGGUGGUGCGCAAGGUGGGGCGGGGCAAGUAUAGCGAGGUGUUUGAGGGGGUCAACGCGGUCAACAGCGAGAAGUGCAUCAUCAAGAUCCUCAAACCCGUCAAGAAGAAGAAGAUCAAGCGAGAAAUUAAGAUUCUGCAGAACCUGUGCGGCGGCCCCAACAUCAUCCGCCUGCUGGACAUUGUGCGCGACCCGCAGAGCAAGACGCCGUCGCUCAUCUUUGAGUUUGUGAACAACACCGACUUCAAAGUGCUCUACCCCACGCUCUCUGAUUACGACAUCCGCUACUACAUCUACGAGCUGCUCAAGGCGUUGGACUUCUGCCAUUCACAGGGCAUCAUGCACCGGGACGUGAAGCCGCACAACGUGAUGAUCGACCACGAGCAGAGGAAGCUGCGCCUCAUCGACUGGGGCCUGGCGGAGUUCUACCACCCCAACAAGGAGUACAACGUUCGGGUGGCAUCUAGGUACUUCAAGGGUCCCGAGCUGCUAGUGGACCUGCAGGAUUAUGACUACUCGCUGGACAUGUGGAGCCUUGGCUGCAUGUUCGCUGGCAUGAUAUUCCGCAAGGAGCCUUUCUUCUACGGCCACGACAACUACGACCAGCUUGUCAAAAUCGCCAAGGUCCUGCGAACGGACGAGCUGAACAGCUACCUGGGCAAGUACAGCAUCAUGCUGGAUGGACCCUCGUCUUUUACCACCCCUCACUGUAGUCUGUUUGCCUCACCUAUCAUCAUCCUACAUGCAG